CUGAAAACCCAAAACGCUAAUAGCCCCUUCGACAAGCUUCUUCUCUUUCGCCAAACCUAGAAAGCUUCCUUCCUUUAGUUCAAUCCAGCAUCCGCCAUGGAUCUUGAGGCUGAGAUCCGUGCAUUACAGCUUGAUUCGGCAGACCUGAAAGAUAACGUGCAAGAAUCAGCGCCAGUACCUGUUGAGCAACAAGCUACUGAGGAUCAUGAUCAGGAAAUACUCCUUCCAGUGCAUAACCCAGCUAAAGCUAAAGAGAAGGCGGCCCAAGAGAACGCAGCGAAAGAGGAAGCGGAAGAAGAGGCAGAAGCAAACAAAAAGCGACACUUGAAUGCGGUCUUCAUUGGGCAUGUUGAUGCAGGAAAAUCUACAAUUGGAGGACAGAUUCUAUUUCUCAGCGGUCAGGUGGACGACCGACAAAUCCAGAAGUAUGAGAAGGAAGCAAAAGACAAAAGUAGAGAAAGCUGGUAUAUGGCAUAUAUAAUGGAUACAAAUGAAGAAGAGAGGGCCAAGGGUAAAACAGUUGAAGUUGGAAGGGCUCAUUUUGAAACUGAGAGCACACGGUUUACCCUUUUGGAUGCUCCGGGUCACAAGAGUUAUGUACCCAAUAUGAUUAGUGGAGCAUCUCAGGCGGACAUUGGCGUGCUGGUUAUUUCGGCUCGUAAAGGUGAAUUUGAAACAGGAUUUGAGAAGGGUGGGCAGACACGUGAACAUGUUCAACUCGCAAAAACACUGGGCGUGUCGAAGCUGGUUGUUGUGGUGAACAAAAUGGACGAUCCAACUGUGAACUGGGCGAAAGAGAGGUACGAUGAAAUAGAACAAAAAAUGGUACCAUUUCUUAAAUCCUCUAGCUACAACACCAAGAAAGAUGUUAUCUUCUUGCCUAUAUCCGGUCUAAUGGGGGUUAAUAUGGAUAAGAGGAUGGAUCGAAACGUUUGUCCAUGGUACAGUGGCCCUAGCCUUUUCGAAGUACUUGAUUCUAUUGAAGUUCCACCACGAGAUAAUGGUCCAUUCAGGAUGCCUAUUAUAGAUAAAUUUAAAGACAUGGGAACUGUUGUUAUGGGAAAAGUAGAAUCUGGCAGCAUUAAGGAGGGUGAUUCCUUGAUUAUUAUGCCAAACAAGGAGCCCGUGAAAGUUGUUGCUAUAUAUUGCGACGAAGAUAAAGUUAAGCGUGCUGGACCGGGUGAGAAUUUGAGAGUCCGCAUUACUGGCAUCGAAGAUGAGGAUAUACUUUCAGGUUUUGUUAUAUCCAGCACGGUAAAACCUGUACCUGCUGUUACUGAGUUUGUUGCACAACUACAAAUCAUUGGGCUGCCUGAAAAGGCUGUUCUCACAGCUGGUUACAAGGCUAUUCUGCACAUUCAUGCGGUUGUUGACGAAUGUGAGAUCAUGGAAUUGAUAAGCCAAAUCGAUAUGGAGACGAGGGAGCCCAUAAAAAAUAAAGGAGUUCGGUUUGUGAAGAACGGUGCUGGUGUGGUCUGCCGUAUACAGGUUACCAAUUCAAUCUGUGUUGAAAAAUUCUCAGAUUUCCCUCAGCUAGGAAGAUUCACUCUACGAACUGAAGGGAAAACAGUAGCUGUUGGGAAGGUGACUGCGCUCUCAUCAGGUGUUUCCUCAAGCGCUUGAUUCAAAUUUUGUGAGGAAAACGGUGACCGACUAGUUUCGUGAUUUUUAGUCAUUUGGAACGACCAAGUUGAAUUCCCUAAACCAAAAUCGUAGUUCCAAUCGGGGUUUUGAGAUUUACUGCUGCUGCAGAUGUGUAACCUUAGACUGUUUUUUUUUUGGAAAUUUAAAAGCUAGAAAGAGUAUUAUGA